AUGAUUGCAAAAAUCAAGAGACCGGAUAGACAAACGGUUUUCUCUGGUUCAGAGCACUUAAGUACAAACAGCUACAUAGUGUCACUUUGUAAUAUUCCAGAUAUUUGCACCACUACCAAUAAAAUUAUAGGCAUCAUUUGUUUAGCGUUGGCCUCGCCAGCUAGACUACCAGGUACGAAUUGGUUUUUAUUUGUGGUUAUUAUUAGCUUCAUAGCCACUGCAAUUUGGUCUUUCAUUUACCUUUUGUCUAUCAGAGAAGCCAUAAAUUUUCCGAUCAAUUGGAUUCUUACAGAAUUUUUCAACACUCUUCUUCUGGCAGUUUUAUAUAUGGUUGCGUUUAUUGUACAAAUUUCAGCGUGGUCGAGUAAUAAUAGAACAUACAACUCUUAUUACAAGAACCUUAACAUAUUUGCAGGGAUCUUUGGCUUGAUUAAUGUCGUUGUGUAUGCAGCUGGAGUUUACUUAAUAUUUAAUGAUUGGAAAAAAUCAAGAACUACAAGUCAAUAAUAAAUGAAUCCACUUUAAGACUAAUGCAUUAUUCAAUAGAUUAAUUAUUUUUUCCAACUAUUAUAAUCCUACCAAUACACAUAAAUGGAAAAAUAUUGGUAAAAUUAAAAUAUUAUUUUGCUUGUCAAACAAAUUUACAUAUAAGUAUUCCAAAGUUCCUUUUUUAAAUUAAAAUUUAUUUAGUAUAAAAUGUAUUAUAAAGAAUUAACAUCAAAACAAAUGUACUCCAAAUACAAAAAAUGUAUGAAAUUUAUUUAGUAAAUAGAUAUACGCACAUUAUUUCUAUUAUAUUUUUGUAUAAAACUGUUAUGAAUUUUUAUAUUAUUUUAAGAAUAAUCUGUCGCUAAAACUAAACAUUUUGUAAAAAAAUGUUCAUAAUUUAUUUUUAAUUGUAUUGUUUUAUGUUUAUCACGGGUACUAAAUUUAUUUAGUUACAACAUUUUAUAAAUGCGUGACUUAAGUGUUGCAAUUACAAAAAUUAUUUAAUUUAAUUUAUGUGUUACAUACAUUUUUUUAAAAUUAUUUUAGAAAGAAUUCGGUAUCCUGACCGACAUACAUAUUUAUAUUUGUUUAUUUUAUCGUUAUGUCGUACAGGACCAAAAAAAAAAUCAGGAUAUAUUAUAAGCUCAUUUUGAUAUGUUAUUGAAAUAAAAUUGUUCGUAGAACCAAUAAUGAUAGAUUUUUAAUUUAUUUAAAUUGUAUAUACGUACUAUUGACUAUCGAAUCAUUCGGACUUAUUAAAUCUGUUUGUUAAUAAAAUAUUUAUAUUUUUACUUAAGAACUAAUGUGGUAUUUUAUUUUUA